AUGCUCCCUUCUUCUUAUCCUGCUCCCAUGGGAGAACGUAAAUUAUACAAUAUCUCCAAGUACCUCUCGGCUCCGGAAAUCUUUUUCGGUGGCCCAAGCAGUGAAUCUCUCUACUGGUUGCUGCAUAUGGAUCGACUAAAAAAAGAUGCUGGUAUGACCAACAAAGAAGCAAUCCUGGUGGUGGCCACCCACUUCUAUGGCAUGGCUGCCAAGUGGUGGGCCAUCUGUGAGGCCAAAGUCACAACAUGGGAAGUCUUCUCAGAGGAGUUCAAGAAGCAGUUUGCCUCCCGGCAGAUAGAAGAUGUCCGGUGGACUGAAAUUGACAAAACCAGACAAGGGGCAGGACAAAGCAUUGGUGAGGUGACUAUCCAUCUGCAGGAACUCUUUGGUCUGGUCGCUUUGGCCAAUGAGGCCCAGAAAAUCCAGAUUCUGUUGGAGACUCUCCAUCCGGAGAUUGCUUAUGAGGUGGAGAAAUCUGGUCUUUCUCGCUCCUGGGACGAGUUGGUUCAUCUGGCUUUGGCGGUUCUGGUCCUGGCUUUGGCUGUUCUGGUCCUGGCUUCGGUGGUUCUGGUCCUGGUGGUUCUGGUGAUUCUGGUGGUUCUGAUGGGUUCUCUGGUUCUGGUUUUUGUGGGUCUGGUUUUUGUGGUUCUGGUCCUGUGUCUGGUUUUUGUGGUUCUGGUCCUGUGUCUGGUUUGGCUGGCUCUUCUGGUCCUCAAACUUAUUGUUGUUUCCAUGUUUGAACAAGAACAACGAUUCAGGAAAAGGCCAAGGGCGUCAGUAAGUUUUGCUGAUGCUCAUAAUCAACCUAAGGUGUCUGUCUCUGAGGACACUGCUGUCAACAUGGUUGAGACUGCUCCGGUGUAUGCUGCCAAACAUGCUAGGGUGGUUGACCCAUCAUUGUCUAAGGGUUUGUACACUCAUGUUAUAUUUUUAGAAAAGAAAGAAAAACAAAGUGCAGACGAGAAGUAUGGAAAGGCUGUCAACAAAACAGUACUGUUACACACUCUCUCAAACACGCUUCCACCGCUUCAACAGCACUUAUAUGCACAGGGUCAGCUCAACACUUUCCCUACCAAUGAUACCUAUAUGACCCUGGCUCCGGACCUCUCCCCUCCUGUUAGUUCUUUCCCUUUGGCCCCCAAGCCCCAUCGUUUGCGUCCGUCUCCAAGGGAACUCCCAGUGCACAUCAGCCACAACACUGCAAAAGGAGGGCCAAUUCAGUAUACUAAAUCUUGA